GGAGGAAUGCAAGCCUUUGGGGCUGCGUGACCCUCCCGGCCUACAGGCAGCACUGGCGGCUCCCCAGGGCAGCGGCCGCUCCGCCCGCAUCUGGGACCUCCCCGGGGAAUCCGUGGGACUCGCGGGGCCAGCGCCCCGUUCCCUUCCCAUUUCUCACUCCCAGGGAAGAUGCCCAGGUCCUUCUUGGUGAAAAAACACUGGAGUACCCGAAUCCCCAACUAUGGCCAGUUGGAGUCUCAGAAAGAGAUAAAUGGAUCCAGCUACACCUAUGAGGGACUGGUCUUCCCCCUCCUCCUUCAGGACAGAGCAGCCCCUUCAGCGUCCAGUGAUGCUACCAGCCGGUGGGACCGCAAGUCUGUCAUUGCCUGUAUUUCACUGCCUCUCCCCUUAAAAGGGGAGGUUCGGGAAACCCCCAGCCCAGGUUCCCUGGAAAUCAGCGUGGUGGACUCCCUAGAUGGCCGAGUUCCUAGUACCCCUCUCAAGGAUAGCCUGAACCAUCUCAACUGCUCCCCAUUGCUGGACAUGCCUAAGCAGUGGCCUCUGGAUCCCGGGCCAGAGGCAGACCAGGCUCCAGAUAAACUUCUUGGGGGUGGAGGCUCACGAGGUGGGAGCCCUCCACUGGGCUCUGCGGGCUGCUUCGAAUGCUUUGACUGCCACAAGACCUACCACACAUUCUCCGGCCUCUCCAAACACCGGCAGCUGCGUUGUGAUCUGCAGGCCCGGAGAUUCUUCAGCUGCAAGUAUUGUGACAAGGAGUAUGCAAGCCUGGGGGCCCUCAAAAUGCACAUACGUACACACACCCUGCCCUGUAUCUGCAAGAUCUGUGGCAAGGCCUUCUCCAGGCCCUGGCUACUCCAAGGUCAUAUCCGGACUCACACAGGUGAGAAGCCAUACGCCUGUUCUCACUGCAGUCGGGCCUUUGCUGACCGCUCUAACCUACGGGCCCACCUGCAGACCCAUUCAGACAUCAAGAAAUACCAUUGUGAGAGCUGCACCAAGACCUUCUCCCGCAUGUCCUUGUUGACCCGGCACAAGGAAGCAGGCAGCUGCCCAGCUUCCUGAUAGCCAAAAGGGGUGAAGGGAGGAGGGGCCCUGAGCUGGAAGACCCAGAGCUGGGGGAUCACUCUUGGAAGCCUCUGUGGAAUUGUGAAGAAUAUCCAUCUGUUCCACCAGGAGAACUGCAUCACAGGUUAUGGCAAGAACUUGGGCUCUUGACCUUCCCUCUUUCCUUUUCCAUUGGGAGCUAACCGGUCCAAGCAAUGUGCGUCUGAGCAGCGUGGUUUUCUGAUGGCCUUGGGUCCCUCAUCGCUGCCUCCCACUUCACUUUGUCCCAUUUUGAGGAUUUGCUCCUGGCUGGGAUACCAGUGUGCAAGGGGAGAAGAAGCUGGUUCCUUGGUUUACAGACUAAAGUGUUUUCUUCUUUAAGACUUGGGGCCUGGGGGCACCUAGGUGGCACAGUGGAUAGAACGCUGGCCCUGGAUUCAGGAGGACCUGAGUUCAAAUCCGGCCUCAGACACUUGAUACUUA